AUGUGUUUUUGGUUGCUAAAAAGUUUAACCAUCAUCUCCUUAUUAAAAAUAAUCGAAAUAAAAGGAUUCUUACCAAUUAAUUAUGAUUUUAUCGUCGUUGGAUCUGGUUCUGCCGGAUCUGUUAUAGCAUCUCGAUUAUCAGAAAAUCCAAAAUGGAAAGUUUUAUUAUUAGAGGCAGGUACAGAACCUACAGACUUAACUGAUAUUCCAGCUUUAUGCGCUACUUUUCAAUUCACCGAUUAUAACUGGGGUUAUUUAAUGGAAGAACAAGAAAAUAUGUGUUUAGGAUUGCAAGAUAAACGAAUGCAUUGGCCCAGAGGAAAAGCACUCGGUGGAAGCACAAUAAUUAAUUACAUGAUGCACAUAAGAGGGAAUCAUUUAGAUUUCGAUCGAUGGUCUGAAAAUGGCAAUGAAGGUUGGUCUUACGAAGAAUUGCUUCCGUUAUUUAAAAAAUCCGAAGACUCAUUUGUGAGAGUACAAGAUCAAGAAUAUAGAAAUAAAGGCGGUGAAAUUGGGGUAGAAGAUGUCGCUUUUAGAACAAAAUCGGCUGAAGCUUUCGUGGAGGCGAUGCAAGAAUACGGUUAUAAAUAUGUUGAUUAUAACGGGGCGACUCAAAUGGGGGUUUCUUGGGUUCAAGCUACCACUAGGAGAGGAAAACGAGAAAAUGCAAAAAAAACGUUUUUAGAUAAGGCUAAAUAUAGACCAAAUUUAACGGUUAUUACAUCGGCAAGAGUUAAUAAAAUUGUUUUUGUAGAUGGAGGAAAUGGCAAAUUGAAAGCUCAAGGUGUCGAAUUUAUUAAAAGCGGAAUCAAAUUUUACGCCAAAGCAAAUAAGGAAAUAAUCAUAAGCGCAGGAACUUUGAAUUCUCCACAAAUCUUAAUGUUAUCGGGAAUUGGUCCAAAAGAUCAUUUAAAUUCUUUAGGAAUUUCAGUACUUAAAGAUCUUCCUGUUGGUAGAAAACUCUACGAUCAUUUAACAUUCUUAGGAUUACCAUUUAGGGUGAAUGGAACAGACGUAACGCUAAAUUACGAUGAUUUGUACGAUCCAAGAUCAAUGGUGGAAUAUCUAUUAAAUGGUGAAGGACCUUUAACAACCUUGGGUGGAGUUGAAGCUUUAGGAAUAGUUAAAACAAAUGUUUCGGAUGAUUGUAAUCCGACUUAUCCGGAUAUAGAACUUAUUUUUUUGGGUGGCAGUUUACAUUCGGAUAAGGGGGACAUUUAUAGGAAAACUUUGCGUGUUACUGAUGAGGUUUACAAUACAGUUUGGGGCCCUUUAGAAGGAAAACAAGUGUUUAGUAUAAUGCCGAUGUUAUAUCAUCCGAAAUCUUAUGGAAAAAUCGAAUUAGAAUCGAAAAAUCCUUUCGCAAGGCCGAAAUGUUACGGAAAUUAUUUCACCGAUAAAAAUAAUUUUGAUGUCAAAACGUUUAUUGCAAGUAUAAGAUUAGUUCAAGAUAUCGUUAAAAUGCCUGCUUUUCAAAAAUACAAUGCAACCCUUGUGGAUACAAAAAUUCCAGGAUGUGAAAUGCAUGUUUUUAAUACCGACGAAUAUUGGGAAUGUGCUUUGAGACAUUUAUCGGUUACGUUACAUCAUCAAGUUGCAACUUGUAAAAUGGGAAAUAAUACGGAUCCUGAGGCGGUCGUCGAUGAUACUUUAAAAGUUUAUGGAACGGAAAAUUUAAGGGUUGCUGAUGCAAGUAUUAUUCCGGAACCAAUAACCGCACAUACGAGUGUCCCAACUUUUAUGAUCGGAGAAAAAUUAGCUGAAAUCAUCAAAAAAAUUUAUUAAAUUAGAACUAAAUUCAAAGAAUUAAUCAAACUAAGAAAUUGGGUUUUUCAAAUUGUUGUUUUUUCUUGCUAAUUACAAUGUAGUGUGAUAAUCGUUAAAUAAAUUAUUUCAUUUUGA